AUGUCGUCAAACGAAUACAACCCAUACAAUUACCCAUACCAACAGAGCUCUGCUCAACAGUACUCGGCAUAUCAGACCGCGCCCGCCUCUAACAAUGUCCCGCAACCGUCGCGCCACUAUCAACAACCUGCAACGACACAGGCCAAUGACUACAUGUCAUACCAAGGACACACUCACGGUGGACAGAGCAAUGGCUAUGGCGCACCGGGGCAAGACAACUCAUGGAAAGGCAGCAUUUAUGGGGGCAGCCGGGAAACCACGAGAGGCGCUGCAGAAGUGCUGCGUAACAUGAGCAACACCUCGUACACGCCCAACAGCACAAGCGUGACCCCAUCAAGCUUCACUGCGGCGAACAACACCACUGCGCAGACCUCGCAAUUCUACACAGGCUCUUCCCAUUCACCACGAAUGCAGCCACAAUCGACCCAUACUUCUCAGUCCACCUAUGGCCAGUCUCAGCCUCGACCCCCAAGCACUAUCUACAACCAGCAACAGCAGCGGUCCGCAAGCCCGGCCCAACUUCAAUACAAUAACAGCUCCGCUGCUGCAGUGACUUCUUCGAGGGACGCCGCGAUGACAGCUGCUGCGUCACAGCAGUUUACAGACUAUGAUCGUCGGCAGCUAGCGAGUGUGGAAGCUUCGCGCUCAAAUCAGAUAGCCACACCGUCCACUUCUUACAACUAUGCCAGCACUUCAACAAUUGCUCAACCCGGUCCCAUUGAGCCUCCACCGUCCAGUGCUGCCGAGACCUACGCUGGUCAAGGCUCCACGGUAGACCCGAUGGCUAUCUACGAUCCGUGGCCCGAGUACCAGCGAAAGCAAGAACUCAUACGCGCUCAAAAGGCUAUUGAAGAUGCAGCACGCGCCGAGGAUGAGCGUACAGCAGAAGAAGCUCGAAAGGCAGGAGAGGCAAAGGACGAAGAGCGGAGGCGUCUAGAAGCGCGGACUGCCGCACUUCAAUCCACGCAGAAGUUAAAGAAGACACAAAAGCAGCAGCAAAGUUCGGCUGAAGCCAGUUCCGCCGCCCCAGAUGCAGAUCCAGCUACUGGCGAUGCUCUCGAGGCGGAAAUUCGUGCAAUGAUGGCAAAGAUGCGCGAAUUGAACAGUAAAGACCCGGCUCUUCUUGCGCGUAUAUGGGAGGAGGAGCGAAGAGCUAAAGCAGCGCCGAAGUCACCAACAGUUCAGAACAAACCCACUACACAGGCGAACUCCGCUGCCCCAGCUCAAUCUUCUCAAGCAAACACACCACAGGUUGCCAAUCAGAGAAGAAAGGCAGCGCCCAAAGAAGCUUCGUUCACAAAUGCAGCCAAACCGGCAACGCCCAUACCAGCUCCAGUUGCACCCAUGAGCACACCAGCUCAGGCCUCUACUGCACGUCCUGGUAACACGAUCUGGCCGCUUGAGAAGAGAAAUCACCUAGCUGAUGCAGCUGCGAAAUACCUCCAGAUACUCAGCAUGUUGAACAGCAACCCUUCCUAUAUUGAGCUCUGUGCACAACUGGAGCAAUCCGGCCUCAAACUCGAUCGUGCAGCGUUUGCAAAGAAUCUGCUUACCGCAGUACCUGAUGUGAACUCAACGGGUCGCAAGGCAGCACCGCCGCAGCCAACACCAGUGUACCGUCCUCAGGUACCUGCUGCGGUUAUGAAGAAGGAAAUCGCAACGCCCGGAGCUGCCAGCCCAGCUUUUACACCUGCCGUCGCGUCUUCUACAAACAGGUCGUCCUAUCCACCAUUCCCCGACAGUGCCUCCCCUGCUCCCACGCCCGCUCCUGUCGCUGAAAUGAUUCCGAUCAAACCAGAGUUGAAAACACCUGCAAACAAGGAGGAAGCGGCCAGGAAACGCAACAUUUCAGAGCUGAUUGACAUGACGUUGCUGUCGGAUGAUGAAGAUAUGGGCCCUCCCCCGAAGCGGCUCAACUCAGACGCUAUGCACUCCUAUGGUUCCCCACAUGCUCAUAUUGAGGAUGCUAUGGUUGUCGAUAGUGAACCUGUGGUCAAUAACUUCCCGAUAGCCAAUAUCCCGGCCCGGACAGUUCCCCAGUCGACUCAACAGCCGGCACCUCCAUCGGUGCAUGUUCCGGAGCUUCGGCACGUGGCUGUCGCCGAAGCCUUGCAGAAAAAGAAUGCACUUCGUAGGAACAACUACAAUCCGGCUACGAUUGCGCGAGAUGUGCUUCUUGCUUGCGGCAGGCAUCCAUCUGAGCGGCAGCUGAAUCAGCACCUGGAGGUUUUGAGAACAACUCUGCCGGUUACUUAUGAAAGCGAUCUAAGUACGAUCAGAUGGGACAUACUGGAUCCCGGAACUCCGCCUCCUGGAUAUUUCAAGGACAGUGUACAGGCUCUGACAGAAGAUGCCGAUGACGAGGAGGAUUCUGAAGAUGAAUAUGGAGAGGCGCGCCCGCGGGCUCAAUCAAACGCGAUUGGCGGUGAGAGUGGGGUACAGGCAAGGGUCCAAGCCUUACCUGAAGGAAUCAACCCGUUUAAGCAGAAGAAGCGUGGGUACAGCGCCUUCCGUUCUGCUACAGAGUAUGGACCGGAUGGACAGCCUCUGCCUAAGAAGAGAGGCCGCCCAGUAGGUUGGAGAAAGGCCAUCCAUGGCUCGGUCGCUGCUCAGUCCAAGCCUGCAGCGAAUGGCCAUACGGGAUCUGCCAAUAAGCAUCAGCCUUCCCAGCCAAGUAGUUUACGACAUGUCAACACUGGAAGGGAAGAGCCUAUACGCAUCAACUCACGCUCGCCGAGUGUUGCCAAUCGCGUUGCCCGCUAUCAGUCAUACAAGUGCAAGUGGCAGAACUGCACUGCUGACCUCCACAACCUAGAGACUUUGAAGAAGCAUGUUUUCAAGGUGCACCGAAAGGAAACGCUUCGGAACACUCUGGAAUGCCUGUGGGGCGAUUGCGGCAAGGAGGUGACCAACUACGAUCCCAACACAAACAUGCGAAUUGAGAAGCACACACCUCACUCUUUCGAUCUUGAGAGCAACUGGCGCAAUCACGUACAAGAGACUCACUUUGACCCGCUCUCAUGGGAACUCGGUGACGGACCAGCCAGUGGUCUUUCGGAAAAUGUAGAGGCGCAUGACUCGGAAGCUUAUCUGAGCGAUGCUCAGGGCCGACCUGUGACACCGCGCAUCAGAGCUGAUCCUGAUUGCGUCAAUAUGUAUCAGUCAACAUUGCAGGCUCCUGCGUCUGGUCCGCGUGGACGUGGUCGCCCACCAAAGAGCAGCCAAGAACAAGAAGCGCGCGAGGCGCAGGCCCGCUUGGUCUCGCAGAAGAGGCGCAUUGGACCAGGCAUGGAUAGGGGAGGCGCAACGCUCGUUAACGAUAAGCGUCGGAAAGGUUUCAUCGAUAACAACGGAGUAGAGGAGGAGUUGGUCGACGCAGAAGAAUAGGCAGGAAAGAUGUGCAUUAAAUUCUUGGGCUCAAUUGGUCAACACCAUCCGCAUGUGGCUGACAGGGUCUUUGAGAUAUGCGCUUCUUUGUUUUACCAUGCAUAUACCCUUAGUAAGGAGGUCUGAAAGACUUGAUACGAGCAGCUUCACGCAGGUAAUUUGGCUAGGAGCCAGAGUUGCUGCAUUGGUGUAAUGACUGAUCUUCCACCCUUUCCAAUUCAAUUGUCCUC